AUGGGUGAAUUUAAUCACUUACAGUUUCUUGAUGAUGAUCUUGACCUUCUUAACACUGAAGAAGUUUUUCUUGGGAAUUUUCCGUCUUUUGGUGUUAGUUUUAGCCAAGAUACACAUAAUUAUCCUGCUGAAGUUUCUGUUCCGCAAGAUCUCAACACCGAUGAAACCAAAACACGUCAAGAAACAGCAAUAAAUCAAAGUGAAGUUGACGUCUCAAGAUUUCCAGUCAUUUCCAGCAGAGAUAUUGAAGAACUGAAGAGCGUUGCUGUAAAUAAAAAUACCUCCCGCUCGACUAAACAAUGSAURAACGUAUUCAAAAGCUGGUCCACAUCCCGCCAUCUUGAAAGCAACAUUGAAACAAUGGACCCAAAACAACUUGACACAAUCCUGACCCAGUUCUACGCUGAGAUUAAAAAAAAGGAUGGAGAAGACUACGAGCCAGAGUCYCUCAAGAUUAUGCAAAGUGCCAUCGACCGUCAUCUAAAAGAGCAUGGCUACCCGCUGAGCAUUGCGAGGGAGUUUCAAAACUGUCAAGCAGUCCUCCAUGCGAAAGCAAUUUCUCUCUGCCAACAAGGCAAGGGUAAAAGACCAAACAAAUCGCAGCCACUUGCACCGGAGGAAGAGUCAGCUCUAUGGGAAAGAGGUCAGUUAGGCGAUUUUAAUGGACGAGUGCUGACCAACAUCAACUUUAAAAACUUGACAGAACAGCUUGGAUUAAGAGGCYGACAAGAACACUAUGACUCCUACGUGGAGGACCUUGUCAUCAGAAAAAAUGAAGAUGGUWGCGAAGUCAUAGAAUUUCGAGAAGGUCCAACCAAAACCAGAACUGGUGGCUUGAGGAUCAGAUGA